AUGCCUACAGAAUUCAUUAGCCUUACUUUCCCCAAUGCUUCAACAGAGCUGAAUCCAAUCCCCGGUGCGGUGAUUGACCCUGCGUAUCUAACCCGCUACGCCCGGUCCUUGGAUGAUUAUGAGUUCAACUACACCUUAGUACCAUACGAUUCCUCCUACUUCGACCCUUUCACCAUCGGAGCCACCAUCGCAUCCGUCACCAAAAACCUCAAAGUCAUCAUCGCCCUUCGCCCAAACACACUCUACCCCACUGUCGCAGCCAAAGCCCUAGCAACACUGGACCAAUUGAGUUCCGGUCGCGCAGUUGUACACUUCAUCGCUGGAGGAAGCGACGCGGAGCAAGCCAGAGAGGGAGACUUCCUCAAUAAAGAACAGCGUUACGCACGACUGGAGGAAUACAUCCGCAUUCUGCGCCGAGCAUGGGAAUCCGCCGACCCUUUCGACUGGGACGGAGAAUACUACCAAUUCAAGCAGUUCAGCAAUAAGGUCCGCCCAGUUAACGGUACUAUCCCCGUCUCUGUCGGUGGUUCCUCGGAUGAGGCCUACCGCAUCGGAGGCUCUCUGGCCGAUAUUUUCGGGCUCUGGGGCGAACCACUGAAGGAGACUAAGGAGCAGAUCGACCGAAUCUACGCUGAGGCAGCCAAGGCAGGUCGUCCCGCGAAUGACUGUCCACGCAUUUGGGUUACUUUCCGUCCCAUCGUUGCUGAGACCGAUGAACUUGCUUGGGCGAAGGCGCACAAGACCUUAGAUGCCUUAACUACGCACCGCGCGAACGGGCAGGGUAAAGCGCCUGCUAAUGCGCUGCCCCCUCAGAAUGUGGGAUCUCAGCGGCUGCUGGAUAUUGCUAGUCGUGGUGAAGUCCAGGAUCGGGCUCUCUGGUAUCCUACUGUUACUGCAACUAAUGCUCGUGGAGCUUCUACUGCAUUGGUCGGAUCUUACCAGACUAUUAUUGACUCCAUUUUAGACUAUGUUGAUCUUGGUGCUGAACUCAUCUCCAUUCGCGGUUAUGACAACCUGAAUGAUGCUAUUGAUUAUGGACGUUAUGUGUUGCCUGGGGUUCGUGGGGAAUUGGCGAAGCGGGAAAACAGUGUGGUUUAA